AUGUAAAACUGUUUUUGAUUGGGUGAUUUACUAUUAACCAGUAUGUAUAACAGUUUUUGAUUUGGUGAUGCUGUUUAUCCGAGCAGGUAGUGUUCCUAAAAGCAUCCAGUCUGUAUGUUAUAAGUAAUCUGAAAUGAAAUGGGGUUUAACGUACUACUGUUUUGCAUCCGCUAGGAUAAUGAAGACGGGAAUAAGUAAUCUAUAACACAGUGUAAAAUUUCACUCCACUGGAUUUAGCUAUUGUACCUAGUUAAGUGCUCUAAAAGACUUUAACAAUAACAGCAGAUAGUGUUGGAAAUUUACUCACCAAGUCCUAUAAGAUCAGGUAUAAACCUGAUGCCGUCGUAAAACUGAGUGAAAAAUUUCAGUAUACCAGAUUAAGCAUUUGUACUUAGUGCUGUAAUAUGAUUUAUACAGUUAGCAGUGUUAGGAAUUUAUUCACCACAAAUUUACCCAGAAUAAAUCUCGCUGUGACACCAUGCUGUUUGGAAUUUAUUCACCGUCAGCUACACAGAAUAAACCUCGCUGUGAAACCAUGCUGUUUGGAAUUUAUUCACCGUCAUCUACCCGGAAUAAAUCUCGCUUUUACAACUUGUUGAUAUAAAACAAAAUCUGAUACUGUCUGUAAAAGCAAACUGUAAAAUUUCAGUCUAGCUUUAUUACCUAGUGUUUUAAAAUAAUUUACAAAAUUAACAGCCAAUAGUGUUGGGAAUUUGUUCACACCGUGACAACAUAUGAAAAUAUCUUUUACUAAACAUCCUUAAAAAAAAUCAUGCAACGAGGUCGCGACAUCUUCUACAAAAAAUCAUGAGUGACAAACGAAGUCUAGAUAUCUUUUACAAAAAAACCCUGUUGUAACAGAAAGACACUUUACUAAAAGAUCUCCAUAGUAAGAAUGGCGGAUCAAGAUUUCUAGAUUUACAGCAGCAAUCUACAGCAUCUAGAAAAAUCAGAUAUGUUUGAUGGCGACCGGCGUUUUACAUAGAUCGAUGGAAAUUUCAAAUCGUCAUAUCUUUGUAAAUACUAAACGGAAUUGAAGCAUAUUUGAACUGACAUUCUUAUUAACAAGGGAUGCUAACGCGCUCAAAUUACGUAUAGAGGCUUUAAGUUAAAGAUUCAGAUAACAUUACGAGUUCUACUACAUGAUGAAUCGAUAUACAGUAUUUGUUACAAGAGUUCUUCUUGUUCUAUUGUUAUGUCAAGACAUCAAUGUAUUGUUUAUUCUUGUGAUGGGACAGUCUCAAGAAUUUGUGGUUUGUCCACAGGAGAAAUGCCCACCCAAAGCGAACUCAUGGCAAUAUUGUGACGACUGCUGUCAAUACAACUACCAUAUUUUAAACCAACUUUACAUCAGCGAAUCUUGUGAAAUAAAUUCUACCAGUUAUUUUGUUUCGUCUCUGCCCAGUGAUGCAAACUAUCUGGUUUCACAUCUACACGGCUGUUUGCCUUCAAUUCCGGAAAAUAUCUGUGAAUUUCCAAGGAUACAGUAUCUGGAUCUUUAUAACAAUUCUAUAACGGAAUUGCCGAAGUUGUCUUGUUUGAGACAAUUAGUACAUUUAGAUUUAAGUAGUAACCAAAUUCGUAUAUUGAAGGCCGGGAUAUUUGACGGUUUGAACAAAUUACGCUACAUUGACUUGUCGAGAAAUAAAAUUCAUACAAUAGAGAUGGGCGUUUUUCAUCCUGGAUUAACGAAAAUAAAAAGAGUUAAUUUGCAUCACAAUAAUUUGAUUGAAGCUGAUGUAGUCUGGGUUCUGGGCAUAACGCAUAUUUUCUGUUACUUUGAUUUGAGUUACAACAAAAUUACAAAACUUACCAAUAAAUCGAACUUCACAAUGGAUCCCAGUAAAACGUACGGACCCGGUUAUAUAUCUCUAAGGAACAACAAAAUGAGAAUUUUCGACACAAAGAUGUUAACAGCCAUUCGACCUCCAUUUCCGUCACUGGUCAGCACUUUAUUCUGGUGGAGUUUUAACAUGGACAAUAAUAUAUGGCACUGUGAUUGUCAUUUGUAUCCAUUGGCGGCUUUGAUGUCAGUUAUAGGCAAAUAUAAAGAAGGAUUUGUAGUAAAUCGUUGGACUGAUAUCACGUGCAGCACUCCGCCAAAUUUAAAGGGAAAGCUCGCUUUUAUACAUAAAAAUUUAUCUGAUUUUGUGUGCAACGUCACGGAUUCUUGUCCUUCCGCGUGUUUAUGCCAGGAACAGCCAGACGCGGAUAGAAUGGUCAUUAAUUGUCAGAAUGCUGGACUUUCACAAAUACCAAUUCGAUUACCAUUUCACGAGAACUUAUUUCUGAACUUUCAAAACAAUUCCAUAGAAGUCCUACCCGGACGUCCUUAUAUGGCCAGAAUUAUUCACCUGGAUAUGUCGAAUAACAAAUUAACAAAAAUAGCACCGGAAGUAUUCGCAAAUUCUCGAGAUCAACUGAAAUAUUUGAAUCUUGCCUACAACAGACUGAAAUAUCUUCCAGAAACCAUCCAGAACUUACGAUCGGCUGAGAUUGAUCUUUCUAAUAACAUGUUUAUUUGUUCUUGUGAUAGUUUGUGGUUAAAAGGUUGGUUUGAAUCCAAACCUGACAUUAAAAACAGAUCUAAUAUAACUUGUUCUACAGUUAAUGGCGAUCAGCGAUUAACCAUUGAUAAUUUACAACCAGAUGAAUUCAACUGUCGAGUUGUAAACUCGGUGACUAAACCUAUCAGUAUCGUGUUGGGCAUAUUUUGCUUUCUGAUCAUUGUUUUAAUUGUGGUCGUUAUCUACUUCCGGUUUGAGAUAAUGGUUAUACUUCAUACCCAUCUACCAACAAAGAGAAAACGGAAGUUAGGCGACGGAAAUGGCCGAGGGCUUGGUGUGUUCGUGCUUUUAAACGAGGCCUCAGAUGCGGACAGAAUGUGGGUUAUAGAAAAUCUUAUUCCUUAUUUUGAUCGAUUGGGUAUAAAAUCAUACAUCUCGUUCCGUGAUGGUAUUAUUGGGGAGGUAACUGCCGAUGCUAAUAUUACCAAUAUACAUAACAGUCGAUCCGUUGUGGCCGUCAUGUCAAAAACCCUUUUUAAAGAUCCGUUGAAACUUUUCGAAUUAAAUGAAUCCUAUUGUCAUAAAGUCAAACAAAGGAAUGGUCAGUUAGUUCUGAUUAAACUUGAAGAUUUUUGUCCGUCACUUAUUAACAAUGGACAUAUACGUGCUAUGUUCAAAUUAAAACAGUUUAUUAAAGCUGAUGACGUCAACCUUUAUGAGAAAAUCUCCUCGCAGAUUUAUAAAGUUGCCGCGCUACCACGGGGUUACGCCAUAUGAAAUCACGCCUUCUAUAAAAGUCGGUAGUCGUUAAUUUGCCAACGAUGUAUAAUUUUUCACGGCUCACUCGGAUUGAUUGUUUAACUUUUAAUUAAAGCAGCAGUAUGUAAGAUUGGAUGAAGAACUGACAGUUCUCGAUUUAAUACUUAACAAAAAGAUAAUGAAAAGGGAAUAUGUUAAAAAUUUACGUCAAAUUACUUCACUCUGAGCCGAGAUAUUACCGUUACAAUAACACUAAGCCGAGUGGUCGGCGAGAUAAUUAUAGUGUAGCCUCGAUUGUCAUUGCUAUCGCUGUUAAGUCUUGAUUAUCCAUUUUUGAAUCAAAUCAUUAAAUGGCCGGACCGUUAUAAUCGACUUAAAAUAGGAGCCAUCCAAUGGCACCUAGAGUUGAUCAUGGUCUUGUCACGCUAAUUAAUGUGUGAUUAAUAAUAAUAUAACAUUUUAAAGGCCCAAAGAAAGGCCUGCAAUAGGAAGAUUAAGCUCUUGCAUAAUACCUAUUUUAAAUUAAUCGGAUUAAACUCACCUUGAAACUGAGAGCCCGUAUUUUAUCGAAAGAAUAUUGCAGCAUUUUAGAAAGCUGCACAGGACUAGGAUAUCUUAAUCAACGGCUUAAUCGAUAGAUUAUUUAACAUUCAGUCGGGUAGGUGGCACUGACUUGUAUCCAGUGAGUUCGAGUUCUCUCAGUUCUAUGGAAGUUUAUUUCAACUUUGACCUGAAGGUUUUGUGACAUCAUUCUCGUCUGCUGUACAAUAUAAGUUUAGUCGGUUAUUUCAUAUAAUAAUAAUGGCGGAAUCGUCUUGUCUAGUAGUGAAUCUUGAACUAAAAUGUUAAUAAACGAUUCUAACCAGACUGAUCCAGAUGAAUAUCAUAGAACUUAAUAAACCGUUAUUACUGUAUUUUAUUACAAGGUAGUGUUAACUACCGAAAUACACGUGGGUAUCUCAAAUUCAUAACUGUUUAUCAGACAUUCUGAUUUUUAUAC